AUGGGGCCUGGGAUAUAUAGGCAGGACUAUCGACAGAAACCUUCUAGAGACACCAGUCUUGCCUCUUCCAAUAAUAAACCAGAACCCGACCAGACACAGGGCCGGGAGCCCCCACGAAACAACGACUAUGUCCGAGAUAGCGAGCGAGAAUACAUAAGGACCGGCGGCCGAAGGGGGGCAGGCGACCGAGAUCGGUCAGGCCGGGGCCGGUCGGACCGAGACAAGGGAUGGACCCAGGAUUAUGGCCGAGAGGAACUAAGGCGUGGAGAGGGUGACUACCGACGGUAUCGGGAUGGGUUCCAAGACGGCUGCCGGAGUCCGGCGGGCAGUUACCGCGAGCAAUCCGCGGACGGCGCUAGUCGCUACCGGGAAGGAGGCGCCCGCAGGUUCUCAGAUAAGAACACCCCCUCCUACGCAACCGGACCUUCCUCGGCCAAGGCGUACUCUACCGGCCCUUACGGAACGGGAACGUAUUCGCGAAACAACCCCGCAGAAGGCCCGCGGCAGGCCGAGCGACAGGCGGAGCGCAGAGAGACCCGGUUUGACUUGAGGGAUAAUACUCGAGGCAACACUCGAGAUAGCGCGCGAGAGAACGCGCGAGAAAGGGACACAUCUCGCGAGGGUAGCUUGGAGCCAGGGGUGGGUCGAAACCGCCCUAGCAUGCCUCUUCGCAGACGAAACCCAGCCGACCCUCGUAGCGAGGACCUUCGUCGCGAAGACUUUCGGCGCGAGGAGUUUCGGCGGCCUGCCGUGGACGGGCGGAGGUACGAGUCGACCGGUCGGGGGCAGGAAAAAGAGCGGUCGCGCAAGACAGUCGAAAACGUUGCGUCCACAGUCCCAGACGGCGCAGCGGGGGACGGCGGGCGGGUGCACACGCGUGUGCACAAACGUGUGUCCGAGCAAGGUCCAGGGUAUUGGCGGCGCGUGACACCGGCUAGGACUCGGCAGGACGACUCUUCGGAGGCGGAUGAGUCCGAGACGGAGGACCCGCGCGCGGCCCGGCGGCGGAUGCUGAAGAAGUUGCGUGAGGAGGCCGAUGGAGCCGAAGAAACGGCGCCGGACGUGCAGGCAUCGGAGGCCUGGCAGCGAAUGCUCAAGGAGCGUGAGGCCUCCACCGCACCCCGUCCCGCACCCGACAGCGAAGACGACGACGGCGAAGGCAUGGACAUCAGCGACAACGAAGACCGGCCGGCCGAAGAUGCGCCGCGCACUGCCGAAGAUGAGGUGCUUCUCAGCAUGAUGGGCUUUGCCUCCUUCGACUCCAGCAAGGGCAAGACGCACCAAGGCCAAGACGUCGUCGAAGGCGGAGUUCGCAAGACAACCAAACGCAAAUAUCGACAGUACAUGAACAGGAAGGGAGGCUUCAACCGACCCCUCUCACCCGUCUUCUAA